AUGUAGAAAAUAUUCGAAGAUUACCCUUUCAAUCAAAAUCCUAUAAUAUAAAAAGGGGAAACUGAUGUAAAUUUGGCUGCGUGCAUGAAUUAAAACAAAGAAUUAUUAUUUUUUGGUUCUGGAGAGCAUUUGAAAGUUUUUUAUUUCAAGAAUAAUACAAUGAAAUUUAUAUAAAGACUUUUAGGACAUUAAACUUUGAUAACUGUUCUAAAUUUCUUCGUAAAGAAUAAAAAUGUCAUUUCUGGAUCAGAAGAUUCCUCAUUAAUUCUAUGGCCUGCCAGUCUAAUUUCAAAUCGAAAAUUCAUCAUAAAAUUAAAAGAUCAUAAAUCUAUAAUCAAUUGUAUUGUACUAACACCUAAAGUUGAAGAUUAAAUCUUUAGUGGCUCGGAUGAUAACACAAUAAAAAUUUGGUCAUAAUCUUCUUAAAAAUGGUGUCGUACUUAGACUUUUAAUUAGCAUCAUUAAAGUGUCUAGUCGAUGUCAAUCAAUAAUGAAGGAAAUAAGUUAAUAUCUUGUUCUAGCUAAAGUUAAAACAUAUUAAUUAUGGAAAG